GAAGGGGAAUUAGGGUUAUAAAUGAGGGUAGAGGACCUCGGGCUGCAUGUCAGAAAAAAAAAAUCUUUUUUUUUUCUUUUCCUCUUCCUCCUUCCAGACUCGUGAAAACGCUCCCCUUCACCGUGCUCUUCCGCCACCGCCUCCUCGCGCCUCACCUUCAUCCGUCGUCCGCCUCCAGCUGCGCCGAGUUUCUUCAAUUUUUCUUUUCUCUCUUUCGUUUUCAUUCUGUGUCCGUCAGUCACCGACCAUUUUGGUUCUGCCAAGAACGUGGUUUUGGAUUUCAAGACAUUUUAUUGGUACUGUCCAACAGCAUCAAGUUUCGCUUGGGCGCUUUUUGGCUUGGCUUAGGACUGUUUUGGAUUUCGUCCUUGGAGCUCAGUGUAGUUCUGGUUACGUAUGCUUUCUUUUAGGGCAAUUCGAGCGUCUGACUCGAGUCAAAGAGUGAUUUGGUUAAUAAGUGGAGUGGUUGCUAAUUGUUCGACAUAAUUUCGAGGUGUCACUACUUAUGAAAGUGUGUCUUCGGGUUCGCCCCUUAUGCCUAUGCCUACGCCUAUGAUGCGUUAUGCAAUUUGGCUCAAUGGAAAGACUAAUCGAUCACUGAGUGGGCCCAGUAGUCCUAGAAAUAUGGGAAAGUAGUCGUUACGGAGGGAGUCUCCAUGGAAUGGCCUACUUCAACCUUCUGUUACAGAAAUGUUCUUCCUUCUCGCAAAUCAAGCAACUCCAAGCGAAUCUCAUCAUCAAUGGCGAUUUUCAAUUCUCUUCCUCUCGUACUAAGCUUCUCGAGCUCUGCGCCAUCUCCUCCUUCGGCGACCUUUCUUAUGCCAUUCAUAUUUUCCGCUAUAUCCGGUACCCUUCGACCAACGAUUGGAACGCCGUCAUUCGCGGCACCGCCCUGAGCUCCGAUCCCGCAAAUGCCGUUUUCUGUUACAGGGCAAUGGCUGCGUCAAAUGGGCCUCACAGAAUUGACGCUCUCACAUGCUCGUUUGCCCUUAAAGCCUGUGCCCGCGCCUUGGCUCGUUCUGAAGCGAUGCAAUUACAUUCGCAGCUUUUACGAUUUGGGUUCAAUGCUGAUGUUCUCCUGCAGACUACAUUGCUUGAUGCGUAUGCGAAAGUUGGGGAUCUCGAUCUUGCCCAGAAGCUGUUCGACGAAAUGCCACAGCCAGAUAUCGCUUCGUGGAACGCGUUGAUUGCUGGGUUUGCUCAGGGGAGUCGGCCAGGCGAUGCUAUAAUGCUGUUUAAGAGAAUGAAGGAGAAUGGAAAUUUGAGACCUAAUGAAGUAACCGUUCAAGGUGCUCUGUUGGCGUGUUCACAAUUGGGUGCUUUGAAAGAAGGGGAAAAUGUUCAUAAAUAUAUAGUAGAGGAGAAGCUAGAUAUGAAUGUGCAGGUUUGUAAUGUCGUUAUUGAUAUGUAUGCUAAAUGUGGAUCUGUGGAUAAAGCUUAUUGGGUGUUUGAGAAUAUGAGGUGUGAGAAAAGUUUGAUCACAUGGAAUACAAUGAUAAUGGCAUUUGCAAUGCAUGGUGAUGGAUACAAAGCGUCGGAUCUUUUUGAAAAGAUGGUUCGAUCUGGAAUGUCCCCCGAUGCAGUAUCAUAUCUAUCCGUGUUAUGCGCCUGCAACCAUGCAGGGCUCGUAGAGGAUGGGCUUAAGCUGUUCGAUUCGAUGGUGCAAAGGGGGUUGGCACCAAAUAUAAAGCAUUACGGAGCCAUGGUUGAUUUGUUAGGUCGAGCGGGGCGUCUCAAAGAAGCUUAUGAAAUUGUAAAUUCAAUGCCUUUCCCUAAUAUGGUACUCUGGCAAACAUUGCUUGGUGCUUGCAGGACAUAUGGAAAUGUAGAAAUGGCAGAACUGGCAUCAAGGAAGCUAGUAGAGAUGGGAUUUAUUAGCUGUGGUGAUUUUGUUUUGUUAUCGAAUGUGUAUGCCACCCGUCAGAGAUGGGAUGAUGUUGGGAGAGUAAGGGACGCCAUGAGAAGAAGGGAUGUGAAGAAGACACCAGGAUUUAGUUACAUAGAAGUAAAAGGUAAGAUGCACAAAUUUGUUUAUGGUGACCAAAGCCACUUGAGUCACCGUGAGAUCUAUGCCAAGCUUGAUGAGAUCAAGUUCAGGAUCAAAGCCUAUGGAUAUGCAGCUGAAACAGGCAAUGUAUUGCAUGAUAUUGGAGAUGAGGACAAGGAGAAUGCACUGUGUUAUCACAGUGAGAAGCUUGCGGUGGCUUUUGGAUUGACUUGUACUGAAGAGGGGACCCCAAUUCAAGUGAUUAAGAAUUUAAGGAUUUGUGGGGAUUGUCAUGUUGUUAUUAAACUAAUAUCUCAGAUCUAUAAUCGAGAAAUUGUUGUAAGAGACAGAACUCGAUUUCAUCGAUUUAAAGAAGGUUUGUGUUCUUGUAAAGAUUAUUGGUGAUACUUAAUGGCUCAAUACCUCUAAAAUCGAGAUGAAGCUGUCUUCGGUGUAGGAAUGUAUUCUUUCAUUGAGUCAAGGGGCAGCUAAAGUUUCGACUUAUCAAGUGUUCGAUUUAGAGGUUUGAACUCAGAAUCAUGGAUGUAUCUCCAAACAUCCCAAAACAUGAGAUUCUCUUGGAGGUUAGAACAACAGCUAUCUUUUUAAAAAAUGAAAUUCCAUUUUUGGGAGGAGAGAGUGAGAUCUUUUCUGAAAUGUCUUUGCCUUCUAUGAUGCAUCUUGCCUCUUGGUUAUAUGUUCAUUAGAUUAGCUGGAUGUAAUACGACCAUUUCUGGCUGCAAGAUAAUUUAGGCAUGAAGUGAAUGUGCUUCAAAAUGGUAGUAGGCACGUCUUAUUCUAUCUUUAAUGUUUCCAGAGCUCCAAAUUUCUGGUUCAAAAAGUAUAUAUGUUAACCUUACACUUGCAGGACUUUAUUGUUGUUGCUUUACCUCUUUGAUGAUGAUAGCCAAAGUGAAAAUUUUGAAGAGGUGGGCAACAUUUCCCGAAAUGUAACUCCAAUGCCAAAGAAGGCGCAAGUUGAGACCGAGGAAGAAGGCAGCUGAGAAUAAUGGAAUAUCAAAUUCGAACUGGGAUCAAGCUCUUUCAGUAGACUCUCAUACAGAAAAAUGGAAAUGGACAACUACAAUGUGUAGUGAAUCUGGUAAGUCCUUAUUCAUUGCCUGAAGUUAAUAGCUUUGGUACAUGCUGGGGUUAUAAUAAGUAAGAACCCUGUUGCGAGAAUGAUUAUAUAUAUAUGUUAUAACUUUUAAAAUUCUUGAUGCUUAUGAUACCGGUAAAAAAAAAUUGAAAAUCAACUAGGUCAUGUUCUUAAGGGCUAUAGAACUUCAAGAACUGUCAAUCUAAAGAUGAAAUUGAGGGUUAGUUGAUUUUGUAGGACUGUGAACCCUUUAAUUUUUAAUAGUUAAGCUUACAAAAUCCACUUUUAUA